AUGUUCAAGUCACAAAUCGCUGUUCGUGGAGCUUCGUCCAUGAUCUCGCGUAGAAUGUUGUCAUCUUCGCGAGUUGUGAGCAAUGCCGCUGCCGCUGCUGCUGCUCCUGUUGAAAGACUUAAGACUUUCAAGAUUUACAGAUGGAACCCCGAUACUCCAGAAGAGAAGCCAUAUCUCAAAGAAUAUAAAGUGGAUUUAUCCAAGACAGGACCCAUGGUUCUUGAUGCAUUGCUGAAAAUUAAGAAUGAGCAGGAUGCUACCUUGACAUUCCGUCGUUCGUGCCGUGAAGGUAUUUGUGGAUCAUGUGCCAUGAACAUCGACGGUAGAAACACUUUGGCAUGUCUGUGUCGUAUUGAACAAGACGAAUCUAAAGACUCGAAGAUCUAUCCUUUACCACACAUGUUUGUGGUGCGUGACUUGGUUCCCGAUUUGACGCUAUUCUACAAGCAAUACAAGGCCAUCGAGCCAUACCUGCAAAGAGACUCUGUUCCCGAGGACGGAAAGGAGAACUUACAGACCAUCGAGGAUAGAAAGAAGCUCGACGGUAUGUACGAGUGCAUUCUGUGUGCCUGUUGUUCAACUUCGUGUCCUUCAUACUGGUGGAAUCAACAAGAAUACCUCGGACCCGCCGUGUUGAUGCAAGCCUACAGAUGGAUGGCCGACUCGCGUGAUCUGGCCACCGACAAGCGUCGUGAAAUGCUACAAAACUCCAUGAGUUUAUACAGAUGUCACACCAUCAUGAACUGUGCCCGAACAUGUCCCAAGGGCCUCAACCCCGGUCUUGCCAUCGCUCGUAUCAAGAAGGAGAUGUCUUUCUAA